GCCAAGCAUCAAGUCGGUUGGGAGCUAUUCUGCCUCUGUCACCCGGUGUGUGUGUGUGUGUGUGUGUGUGUGACGGACGACCCUGGCCACCUUUUCUUUCCCAUGACUGUUGAAACCCCCCUCGUCAUUGAAACACCCUUUAAGUAGGGGGGGUUCGCAUGCCAGUAGCACGGUGGUGCUGUGUUGAGACUGUGUUUCUCUUGACAAUCCCUUCUGUCUCGGGAACCUAGUACAACCUAAGCUCUAAUUCGAGCUUCAUUGCAUCGCGACCGAGGAGGUUGGUUGCCGAAUCCUCACUCGACUCACCGGCAUUAGAAAAAGUCCAUCGCAGAGUUACCUCCGGGCCUAUCGUUUGAUUUCAUCAACAUCUUCGAGAAACGAAAGCCUGAUCCCGCAGGGUCCAUCAUAAGCCUGCCAAGGCAUACAAACACACCCCAUCGCGAAGCGCAGCAACUACACAACCCUCGACGAUGCCUUUACACCAGGGCUUCCUCCCACGCGAGGGCCUCACCGCCGACCCCAUCUUCCGCCUCAUCGCCAGGACCGCCCUGAACCCGUCCGUACUGCUCCCGCUCCUGCUGCUCGCCCGCUACACCAAAAAGGGCGGCGACCUCGCCAUCCUCCACCCCACGGCCUUUUCGCGCAUCAAGUUCCUGGCGUACUGCGCCGUGACGCGCUGGGCGAGCAGCUGGCUCUCGCGGCGUGCCCUGAACAACUGGGUCGACGACCGGUACAACUGGCGCAAGGAGAUUGUUCUCGUCACGGGCGGUGCUGGUGGCAUUGGUGGGCAUGUUGCGCGGCUUUUGGCUGAGCAGGGUGCUACUGUCGUUGUGUUGGAUAUCCAGGACUUGACUUUUACUGCUGCUUCCAAUGUUCACUACUUCAAGUGCGACAUCACGUCAACAGAGAAGCUCGCAGCCGUGGCCGACGACAUUCGUGCAAAGGUCGGCCACCCGACGGUGCUCAUCAACAAUGCCGGCGUAGCCCGCGGUAAGACGGUCCUCGACUCGACGGAGCGGGAUAUCCGCUUUACUUUCGAUGUCAACACGCUUGCGCACUACUGGACGACCAAGGAGUUCCUCCCCCACAUGGCGAAGACUAACCACGGCAUGAUUGUGACGGUUGCUUCGUACGCAAGCUACCUUUGCGUUCCCAACAUGGUCGACUACGGCGCGUCCAAAGCCGCCGCCAUGGCAUUCCACGAGGGUAUUACGGCAGAGCUCACCACCCGAUACAACGCUCCGCGGGUGCGCACGGUACUGGUCAACCAGGGCUUCACAAAGACUCCACUAUUCACCGGCUACGAGCAGGGCGUGGAGUUCAUCCUCCCGGCGCUGGAGCCCGAGACCGUCGCCGACGCCGUGGUCAGGCAGGUGCUCACGGGCGAGAGCGGCCACGUCGUCUUGCCCGCGUACGGCAACGUGCUGACGGCGCUGCGGGCGUUCCCGCACUGGUACCAGCACCGCAUCCGAGGCGAGUCGCAGAAGCUGAUGAGGAACUUUUCGGGGCGGCAGGUGGUCAAGGACGUGGAGGGAUUCUACGAGAAGAGGGACAAGCAGGCUGAAGAGGAGCAGGAGAGGCCGGAAGAGAGUACGGUCUUGGUUGCGGAGCCUAUUCCUGAGCCGAAUGGUAUUGAAUGAGAGGAAUGACGAAGGACGAUGCUUUGCGGCAGAGCGGAUGAGAUGCCCAGUACGAAGUACAUAUGUAAAGUUGACACACGUUGCUCUCGCCCCGAAAAUCAAUGCAACUUUGUGACUACUUUAGUGAGAUGGAUGGUCCCGCCGCGGGUUCACACAUCCUUGCAGGGAUAUGGUGACUUCCGUGGCCCGAGUCCACGAACGUCACUUGCAGAGCCGCUGCUCGUGGGGUUCGAAGACGGGCUGCGGAACAUGACUUCGCCUACAGCUUACGAGCUCAAUUCGGGACUUCUCUCACUCAAAUCUACGGGAGAUUUCCAUUGAGAUGGCACGUAUUGCUGUCUGCAUCCAUGAAAGUCUCGGGUUUUCCAGGUGAUCGGGGGUUGGCAACACUCCGAGAACCACGCAUGUCAAUUGAAUUAAGGAGCAAACAAGCCGAAAACAGAUAGUUUCAUGCUCUGC